AUGGUGUUUGAUACAGUUAUUCACAAUGGUCUUAUUGUAACAGGCUCGGAUAUCCUUCCAACUUCAACUUACAUUGGUAUUCUCAAUGGUAAAUUUGAUACAAUCUCUGCAUCUCCAUUGGAAGGUGACAAGAUCAUAGAUUGUAAAGGUGCUUAUGUUACUCCAGGUGGUAUUGACCCUCAUGUUCAUCUUGAGGAACCCAAUUCGAUCUAUUCAGAUACUUUUGAACAUGCAACCAAAAUAGCUAUUAGAGGUGGUACUACAACUGUCAUUGCAUUUGCUUUACAAGGUUCUAAUGAUGAUGAUUCAAAAUCAUCAAUCGUGGAUGAUACUCUAGCUUAUAUGGAAAGGGCAAAAGGUCAAUGUUACUCUGAUUAUGGAUUCCAUUUGAUUGUUAGAAACCCAACACUAGCAUUAAUUUCACAAUUGGGGAAAUUGGUUGAAAUGGGAUUAACCUCUUGCAAAAUCUACACCACCUAUGAUGCUUUGAAAUUGAAUGAUUAUCAAAUAUUAACCAUUUUAUUGGAGACAAGAAAGUUGGGAAUAACACAAAUGAUUCAUGCUGAAAACACAGACAUCAUUCAGUUCUUGAACAACAAACUAGAAGCAAAAUCAUUAUUAGAUCCAUAUUACCAUGCAGUUUCAAGACCAAUAGAAGCUGAAGAUGAGGCGAGCUAUAGAGUUAUUCAGCUAUCUAAGAUCAUCAAUAUCCCAAUCUUGAUUGUUCACAUGUCUUCACCUGUUGCUUUAAAACAUGUUAAAAAGGCACAAGAUAAACUAAUUCCAAUAUAUGCUGAAACUUGUCCUCAAUAUCUGUUCCUUACAAAUUCAUUGAUGAAAUCUCAUCAUCAUGAAGACCCUUUCGAAGGUGCCAAAUAUAUUUGUUCACCGCCUUUGCGUGAUUCAUCUUCAGAAUUGGAAGGUGUUUGGGAAGCUUUAACCAAUGGUACUGUUACUGUUUUCGCUUCAGAUCAUGCUCCAUCAAACUAUGAUGAUCCUUCUGGUAAGAAAUUAGGUCUUGAUGCUAAAGGAGCCCCAGAUUACAAAAAGAUUCCAAAUGGUUUAUCAGGUGUUGAAGUUAGGUUACCGUUGCUUUGGAGUCAUGGUGUUUCCAAAGGCCGUAUUUCUCCUCAAAGGUUUGUUCAAGUUACAAGUACAAACCCUGCUAAAUUGUACGGAUUGGAUGGUAAAAAGGGUAGUAUUAGUGUUGGUUAUGAUGCUGAUCUGGUUAUUUGGCAUCCAGAAGGAGAGAUUAAGUAUAAUCUGAAGAAUGAAGACUUGGGUCAUAGAUUUGAUUAUACAGCGUUCGAAGGUGUUGAAGUGCUUAAUUGGCCAAAGUAUACAUUGCUAAGAGGUGAAGUUGUCUUUGAGAAAGAUCAAGGAGUUGUUGGAAAGAAAGGUUAUGGUGAUUAUUUGAAAAGAGGGCAAAGUACCCUUGGAGGGAAAUUGAAAGAGCUAAACCCUUUGCUAGUUUGA